AUGGUCAAGGUUAUCGAGUCCGCAGACGAGUUCAAGCAGCUCAUCAACUCUGGCGACGUCGUCGUUGUCGACUACUGGGCCACUUGGUGCGGUCCUUGCAAGCUCAUCGGCCCCCACUUUGCCAAGCUCGAGGCCAAGUUCCCCAACGUCAAGUUUGCCAAGGUUGACAUUGAGGAGCAGCCUGAGGUUGCAACGUCCGAGGGCAUCCGUGCUAUGCCUACCUUCAAGGCAUACAAGGACGGCCAGGUGAUUGACGAGUUCACUGGCGCUGUUCCGGCCAAGCUCACCGCUCUCCUCGAGAAGGUUUCCGCUCAGGCCGCUUAA